GUUUGGGAGACCUAUGCCGAUCUUCGGGGUGCCCCAGUCGAACAACGAGACUAUGUAUCUGGGCCCGCGGCGUGGGUUGGGACUCUCCAAUCCGUAUAAGGCGCGUGUAUCUGCAAAUCAGCCUUUCAUGAUUUCCUGCGCCAUGGCUGAUCGGGUUUUCCUUUUUCUCUCUUCUCACCUUCCUCCUCCCCUUCCUCUUUCCUUCUCCGCCCCUGGCCUGUCCCUCCUCCGCUCGUUGGGUUUUUGCUUUGCUGGGAGGGUUCAUCAUCACUCUCCGCCCGAACCAUGAUUUGGUGUCUGUUCGCCUUGCUCUUUUCGCAAUUCACUUUUGCGCAGCGCCACGAUGAGGAUCUCAUGUCCUUUGUGACACUCCCCGAAGUUCGGGCCUUGAAAUGGGAAAUCACUCACCAUGAUCGGGACCGCGCCGCACCGGGUUACUGGUUUGUUGCUCCCUACGGCAUGAUCGAUCCCGAAUCUCCGACUCGUAAGUAUCUGCAGUAUCAGGUCGGACCCUAUAUCUAUGACCAAGAUGGCGUUCUCAUUUGGGCCGGAUCCCCCAUGUUCGAUAACCGAAACACCUUCGACUUCAAAGCGGUGCACAAUAUCGACGAUAAACCUCACUUGUCCCUGAUUGCGCAACGGUCCUUCGAUGAAACUGUCCCCGGAAGCGGUCUUAUUUUGAGUCAGCAUUAUGAGGUGGAGUCGGAGGUUUUCAAGCUUAACGAUACCUGGGAAUUCAAUGUCCACGAGUUUAAAGUCAUGGAUGGAGGCAAAACAGCCCUGGCCUGUGUCUAUCAGUCGAAAAUGCUGGACAUGGCUGAUGUGGGCCGUCCCGGGGAACAGAAGCUUUUCCUGACGGGUGGAUUUGCAGAGUUGGAUUUGGCUACUGGUGCACCGCUGUUUGAAUGGGACUCUUCCGAUCACCUGGGCUUGCAUGAGACCGACCGCUUUCACACCUGGGAGGAGCCUAUGGGUCAAUGGGGAUUCGACUCUGUGCAUAUGAAUGCCGUGGAUAAGAAUGAGGCCGGCGACUACAUUAUCUCGAUGCGCUUCACCGAUACCAUCUAUAUGAUUUCCGGCGUAGAUGGUAGCGUGAUGUGGCGAUUGGGUGGGCGCGAAACAAAUUUCGUCCAGGACUUUGUCUUUUCCAAACAGCAUGAUGUCAAGUUCGUCUCGUCGAACGGGACGCACCAUAUCAUUUCGUUCCUGAACAAUGCCUCCGACGAGAUUACCACCGACGAGAUCAUAUCCUCGGCCCUAUUUGUCGAGCUGGACACGACUGCCAACCCGAUGACCGCCCGAUUGAUCGCACGCUACAACCGUCCUGACGGCCAGCUCUCCCGACUCCGCGGCAAUACCCAGCUCCUCCCCAACGGCAACGUAUUCGUUGGCUGGAGCCAGUCAGGCUACCAGAGCGAAUUCUCUCCAGAGGGAAAAGUCCUAAUGACCGCCCGGUUUGCAUCGGACCGCUUCUCGACCUACCGCGCAUACAAGUACGAGUUCACCGGCCGGCCUCGCGCGCCGCCCGAUCUGGUAGCAUCCGUAUACGGCACGACCGAAGACGACCUGACCACGAUCUUCCAUGUCAGCUGGAACGGUGCGACCGACGUAGCCGCCUGGAACUUUUACGCCCAGGCAUAUGACGGCGGAGCUCCCGUGCUGAUCGGCAACGUCUCCAAGACCGACUUCGAGACCAUGUUCGUUGCCCACGGCUUCCUCGACUGGGUGUCUGUUGCGGCUGUCGACCACCAAGGCAAUGUGAUGGGCACCUCGGCCGUGCAUCGCACCCAGGUUCCCGAUAACUGGGAGGCCGCUGGCUUUGUGGGUUCGUCGAGAGCUCCUUCCCCGAUCAACCCGUCGAGCAUUUACAAGGUGGCCCAGGCGGGUGAGGACCACUCCUCUGCCUUGUCAAAUGGUGACACCAAGGACCUUCUUGCGGCGCUGUCUCAAGCGUAUCAGGUUGUGCGUGGCCUCGGAAAUCUUCUCAUCUUCAUUCUGGUUGUCUCGUCCUUCGCGGGAGUUCUCUUGGGCGCAUUUUGGGUUCUUCGGAGGAGGAGAAUCCAGCGCUCGCAGCCGUAUCGGCAUGUGCCUUCGGAGGAGAGUUUCCCUAUGGAGGAGACGCCACUGAGGAAUAAUGCUUCUGAUUAGAGAUUCAUGAAGUCAAAGAUAAAAGAGACUGAUCAUUUUUCUGUAUAUGUUAGUAUAGUUGCAUGAUUCUUGUAUAUAGAUAUGUACCUUGGCAUGUGUUCAGAUUCCAUCACUGGUUCUUUAAUUGUUUGGUCGGUCUAAAUAGAUAAGAGGAG